AUGGCUGGUGGUGCCAAAGUUGUCGUAGAGCCCCAUCGUCACGCCGGAAUCUUUAUCGCUCGUGGUAAAGAAGACGCUCUAGUGACGCUCAAUUCAACCCCUGGAAAGUCUGUGUACGGCGAAAAGCGCAUUUCAGUAGAUAUUCCGUCUGCUUCAGGUGAAGGAACUGAGAAAGUGGAGUACCGUGUAUGGAACCCGUUCCGCUCGAAGAUUGCUGCUGCCAUCCUUGGCGGUGUGGACAAUAUUUGGAUUCAGCCUGGCGCAAAAGUGCUGUACCUUGGUGGUGCCUCCGGUACUACGGUAUCGCAUGUAUCUGACAUCGUUGGACCUUCAGGUGCUGUGUAUGCUGUUGAGUUUUCUCACCGUGUUGGCCGCGAUCUCAUCAACAUGGCCAAGUCUCGUACCAACGUUGUUCCAAUCAUCGAGGAUGCCCGCCAUCCGCUCAAGUACCGUAUGCUUGUACCUAUGGUCGACGUCGUUUUUGCUGACGUCGCACAGCCUGACCAAGCACGUAUAGUGGCUCUCAACGCCUCGCAUUUUUUGAGAAAUGGUGGUCACUUCGUUAUUUCUAUAAAGGCUAGUUGUAUAGAUUCAACAGCCCCUCCUGAAGCCGUCUUCGCCCGUGAAGUGAAGAAGCUACAACAGGAGCAGUUCAAGCCCGCUGAGCAACUUACUCUAGAACCGUAUGAGCGUGAUCACGCUGUCGUGGUUGGGUCCUACCGUGUGCCCAAGAAGGAGAAAAAGUAG